GAGUUUGACUUGACGGAGUCUGUGGCGCCCUUGUCUUCUGUGUUUACAAACGGAGUCGUGCUUCUGGCUUGCAGCUACACCGGAAUUAAAACAUGGCAAAGCUGGCAAUUUUACUAGGUCUUGUUGUCAUCGCUGUGACGAUGGCGCAAGCGCAACAGCCGCAGGGUGAGGCGUACCAGUUCCGGUACGACGUACCGAACCCAGAAGGAGGGAAUCACUUUCACGAGGAGUCAAGCGACGCGGGGGGCGCCCGGCGUGGCUCGUACGGGGUCACCAACAAUGAGGGACAGUUCGUCAACGUCGAAUACGUCGCCGAUGAGAACGGCUACCGUCCGGUCAUCAAAAGCAACGUGCCUGGCGUGUCGAGGGAGGGUUAAGCGCACAUUUAGUGGACGCAGUACGAGAGAAAGCAUCGCAGAGCGGGGACUUAUGGCACUGGCAUCAGUGCUUUCAUCUAAGUGCCUUCAUUUCUCACUCCUUGGAACUAUGGCAGUGGUUUUCAGCCAACGCAGCGCAGCUAUAUAAAAGGAAAUUUCGCAUAUACAUAAAAAUAAACUUUUUUUACCUGA